AUGGUGAAUACGCGAACUACUCAACAACUUUUUAUGGUGCGCAAGGUGGCAUGGGCGGAGGGGGUUUCACAGGCGGUGAAGGAGGUAGCCAAGGAGGCAGGCUAUAUGAAAAACUCGCUUCGUCCUGUGACAAUAAAGCAAACGCUGGAUGCGACCCAAGCGCAUGGAGAUGCAGAUUUUAAAAUUGAUGGCACGGAGGUAUCACAGGUAACCUUCGUCGGCCAGGUCCGCGCCGUCAGCCACCUUACUACAUUUGUCACUUAUAAACUUGACGACGGCACGGGGGAAAUUGAAGUAAAAUUAUGGCUCGAAAAGAACGCAGUCAAUCCCACAGGAGAUGAUAUGGAUACGGGAGAUGCUCCACGCUCCUCGGAAUCAGAAAUUCCAAUCAACGGGUACGCCAAAGUUUGGGGAAAACUUAAUAACUUCAACAAUCGACGGAAUUUCGUCGCGCAUGUCAUCCGCCCUAUAACGAACAUUGAUGAAUACAAUUGCCAUUUUCUCGAAGCCACAGCGAUUCACCUAUACUAUACGCGAGGGCCAGUAGGGGGCCAUCUGGGGGAUGAGAAGCCGCUCCCUGGUGCAACACAUGCCAGUGGUGGGGGUCCUUUCGCCGGAAAGACUUUGCCUCCAAUGUCGCCGCUGGCUCGGAAGAUGUAUGAGACUUUGAGCAACACGCCACAGAGCAACGAAGGACUCCACGUGCAACACCUGGCGUCACUGAUGGGUUUGCCUGUUGGCGAGGUGUAUAAGGCAAAAGAAGAGCUGCUGAGCCUCGCAUUGAUAUUCUCGACCGUAGAUGACAACACCUUAGCAAUUCUAGAGUAUUAAACAUGAUACUUCAAAUAGAAAUUGCGUAUAGUUCUUCCGAUUUACGUGUAUUGGUAUUAGAUUAGGAGAUAUCUUAUCGCUGACCUUGUCGCCAAUGACAUCAUGCCACUUGAUGAUGCAUCAUAUCAGGCUUAGCAGUCCAUUUGCUGGCUCACGAAAAAUCAAGAUAAACUCAUAAAA